CAUCUACCCAACGGGCGACGAAGGAUCUUCCUAGCAACCGUUUCCCCACUGUCGGGGGCCACGCCCACCGAGAACCGGACAAACUGGACUGUCAGGUAUCCCGGGAGACGACUCAGCGGCGACGUCUUCUUGAAGUCCGCGUCUCUUCCCAGAACUGCAGACUUCUUCUUCACCGUCCCCUCCAUUCCCUGGGAGAGAGGGGCACUUUCCUGCUGUCCUUAUUCUUAUUCUAUUUCCCUCUUUUGUGGAACCUCCGAUAAGGGACCC